UCUUCAUCCAAUCUGCCACCAGACUACCAUUCAACCACUCAUUCUCGUUGCUCUGCCGUAUAACUAUCCCAUUCGUAUCCCGUCGUCAACCCCACCUUCAAACCCCGCCGACUGUCUCUUCUCCAUUGCCCCCCCUUUUCUUUAUUAUACUCCCUCUCCCCCGCCGUCCCAUGCCUCCUCCCUCUCACGCUCGUCUCCUCUCAAUUCUUUCACACGUAACUCCAAACAUGGCCCGCAAACUCCUCUACCCUACUUCCCUCGCCCUCGACACCCUCUCUCUCGAGGGAUUCUCUGUCGCCCUCCAGCCCUACGACGUCAAGAAGCCCAUCCCCGCUGAGCACUCUGACGCCGAGAUUCUCAUCACUUGGGCAAACUCAGCCGACAACCUCAAGGAUGCUGCACAGCGCUUGAACAACCUCAAAUGGAUCCAAUCCCUCGCCGCCGGUCCCAACGACGUCCUCAAUGCCGGCUUUGACACCAGCAAGGUCAAGGUGACAACGGGAUCAGGACUGCACGACCACACCGUUGCUGAGCACACCCUCGGCCUCCUCCUCGCCUCCGCACGCAAGUUCCACGAGAUGAGGGACUACCAAACACAAGGAAAAUGGCCCGGCCACCUCGGCGGCCCUCAACCCGACAGGCCGAAGGGCUCAUUCACAUCCCUCAGGGAUGCCAACGUCACUGUCUGGGGCUUCGGAAACAUCGCCAAGUGCCUGACACCCUCCCUCGUCGCGCUCGGUGCCAAUGUCACCGGUGUUGCCAGGAGCGCCGGCGUGCGAGAUGGAAUCCAGGUCGUCGGCGAGGACAAGCUUCCUGAGGUUCUCUCCAAGACCGACGCAUUGGUCAUGAUUCUCCCUGGCUCCGACUCCACAAACAAUGCACUCAAUGCCGAGAGGCUGAAGUUGCUGCCAAACCACGCCUGGGUUGUCAACGUCGGCCGCGGAACCGCCAUCGACGAGGACGCCCUUUUCAAUGCCCUCCAGAACAACGAGAUCGGCGGUGCCGCGCUCGACGUCUUCGUCAAGGAGCCCCUCCCCGCCGAGUCGAACCUGUGGAAGGCAUCCAAGAACCUCAUCCUGUCCCCCCACGCCGCUGGUGGCAGGCCGCAGGGCGCUGAGGGCCUCAUCGCAUACAACCUCCGAAGAUUCUUGGCUGGUCAGGAUCUGAGGAACAUUGUUUAGACAUUCGCAUGUUAAAAAGGAAUCGGUUUUGUAGAUAAUUACGCUUAUAUCAUGGUUGUUUGACGAUUUUCUUGUAUCUAUCUAGAUGACAUCAUAGAAACCAUAAAAUUCACGAGCAUUUUCA